CGACGCUAUAUUUCCAUUCUAGGAAACUCCUCCUCUCUUCUUGAAGUGGACACUUCGUUGACAGUUCUUGUCUUCCUUACUUCUAAACAUGGAUCAAAUCCAGCACAACUUCAUAACAGUGGAAGGCCUCAAGCUCCACGUAGCCGACAUCGGAACAGGUCCCAAUGUGGUCUUGUUCCUGCACGGAUUCCCAGAAAUAUGGUACACGUGGCGCCACCAGAUGAUCGCUGCCGCCAACGCCGGUUUCCGGGCCAUCGCGCCUGACUACCGUGGACACGGUCUUUCCGACCAGCCGCCCGAACCCGACAAGGCCUCCUACCGUGACCUCGUCAACGACAUCCUUGCUAUUCUUGAAGCUCUUGCUAUUACCAAGGUUUUCGUUGUCGCAAAAGAUUUUGGAGCUUGGCCGGCGUACAUACUUGCCCUUCUUUACCCCGAUAGGAUCUUGGGAGUUGUAACAUUGGGAGUGCCAUACAUACCAGCUUCAAGUCGUCCCAGUUUCACCAAAUCCCUCCCUGAAGGUUUCUACAUUUCAAGAUUUCAUGAACCAGGCAGGGCUGAAGCUGAUUUUGGGCGCUUUGAUGCGACAACAGUUUUUCGGAAUAUUUACAUCCUUUUCUCCAGAAGUGAAAUCCCAAUAGCUGCAGAAAACCAGGAGAUCAUGGACUUGGUUGACCCAUCUACGCCUCUUCCCCCUUGGUUCUCUGAGGAAGAUCUUAAAGCAUAUGAGAGAACAGGUUUCCAGACUGCAUUGCAGAUCACAUAUAGGUCCAAGUCAGACGACAUGGGCAUAACAGAACUAAUUGUUAAAGUUCCGGUGCUUGUUAUAAUGGGACGGAAGGAUUACUUUAACAAGUUUCCGGGGAUAGAGGACUCUAUAACCAGUGGAAAGGUGAACGAGUUUACAUCUGAUUUGGAGCUUGUAUAUAUGCCUGAAGGAACACAUUUUGCUCAAGAACAAUCUCCUGACCAGUUCAAUCAGCUAAUGCUCACCUUCCUUAAAAAGCACAUCUGAUUUCCACAGAUCGUGUUAUUUAAGUUUUCAAAGAGGUUUAUGUGAAUCUUACAGGGUAUUAUCACAUGAUAAUGCAUGUGAGAGAUGGAAUAAUUGACAUAUGUCCUACUACUAGUGUGGCAUGUAAUAUUCUGAAAUACGAAAAUAAGGUAAUAUCUUCAUUUCAAAGUCCGUAAGGAAAGUGUAGGGAUUCGAAUUCA